ACCACGUGACUGUCUCAGCCGCGGGGAUUCGCACCGGUUCUGCCUCCCGCACCUCUCCGCCGGUGAGUCCUCGCAGCGCCCCUGGGUCUCGCCAGCCGGGCCCCGCCUCCUCCGGAGGCCGAGCAAUGGGCGGGGAAAGGGACGAGCGGGUUUAGCUCUGUCGGCGCCGCGGUGGCCACCUCAGUCUCGCCACUGUGGAAGACGCGCGCCGCGGCGCCUGAUUGCGUGGGGCUGCCCGGACCCAAGAGGAAGCUGAACCAUCUAUCUCCAGAAAUGUCUUCAGAAGGUAAAGAGCAACAUGACCUUUCACCCAGAGACUCGGCUGAAGGAAAUGAUCUCAGUUCUCCAUCUGGGAUCCAUCUGGAGCUUCAAAGGGAAUCAAGUACUGACUUCAAGCAAUUUGAGACCAAUGAUCAAUGCAGACCUUAUCCUAGGAUACUUAUUGAGCGUCAAGAGAAAUCAAAUACAAACUUCAAGCAGUUUGUUAUUAAAAAGCUGCAGAAGAAUUGCCAGUGCAAUCCAACCAAAGCCAAAAAUAUGAUUUUAGGUUUCCUUCCUGUUUUGCAGUGGCUCCCAAAAUAUGACCUGAAGAAAAACAUUUUAGGGGAUGUGAUGUCAGGCUUGAUUGUGGGCAUUUUAUUGGUGCCGCAGUCCAUUGCUUAUUCCCUACUGGCUGGCCAAGAACCUGUCUAUGGUCUGUACACAUCUUUUUUUGCCAGCAUCAUUUAUUUCCUUUUGGGUACCUCCCGUCAUAUCUCUGUGGGCAUUUUUGGAAUACUGUGCCUUAUGAUCGGUGAGACAGUUGACCGAGAACUACAGAAAGCAGGCUAUGACAAUGCUCAUAGUGCUCCUUCCUUAGGAAUGGUUUCAAAUGGGAGCACAUUAUUAAAUCAGACAUCAGACAGGAUAUGUGACAAAAGUUGCUAUGCCAUUAUGGUUGGCACCACUGUAACCUUUAUGGCUGGAGUUUAUCAGGUAGCGAUGGGCUUCUUUCAAGUGGGUUUUGUUUCUGUCUACCUCUCAGAUGCCUUGCUGAGUGGAUUUGUCACUGGUGCCUCCUUCACUAUUCUUACAUCUCAGGCCAAGUAUCUCCUUGGGCUCAACCUUCCUCGGAGUAAUGGUGUGGGCUCACUCAUCACUACCUGGAUACAUAUCUUCAGAAACAUCCGUGAGACCAAUCCCUGUGAUCUUAUCACCAGCCUUUUGUGCCUUUUGGUUCUUCUGCCAACCAAAGAACUCAAUGAACACUUCAAGUCCAAACUUAAAGCACCGAUUCCUGUUGAACUUGUUGUUGUUGUGGCAGCCACGUUGGCCUCUCAUUUUGGAAAACUACAUGAGACUUAUAAUUCUAGUGUUGCUGGACAUAUUCCCACUGGGUUUAUGCCACCCAGAGUACCAGAGUGGAACCUAAUUCCUAGUGUGGCUGUAGAUGCAAUUGCUAUUUCCAUCAUUGGUUUUGCUAUCACUGUAUCACUUUCUGAGAUGUUUGCCAAGAAACAUGGCUACACAGUCAGAGCGAACCAAGAAAUGUAUGCCAUUGGCUUUUGUAAUAUCAUCCCUUCCUUCUUCCACUGUUUUACUACUAGUGCAGCUCUUGCCAAGACAUUGGUUAAAGAAUCUACAGGCUGCCAAACUCAGCUUUCUGGUGUGGUAACAGCCCUGGUUCUUUUGUUGGUCCUCUUAGUAAUAGCUCCUUUAUUCUAUUCCCUUCAAAAAAGUGUCCUUGGUGUGAUCACAAUUGUAAAUCUACGGGGAGCCCUUCGUAAAUUUAGGGAUCUUCCCAAGAUGUGGAGUAUUAGUAGAAUGGAUACAGUUAUCUGGUUUGUUACUAUGCUCUCCUCUGCACUGCUGAGUACUGAAAUAGGACUGCUUGUUGGGGUUUGUUUUUCUAUGUUUUGUGUCAUCCUCCGCACUCAGAAGCCAAAGAUUUCAUUGCUUGGCUUGGUGGAAGGGUCUGAAGUCUUCGAAUCCUUGUCUGCUUACAAGAACCUUCAAACUAAGCCAGGCAUCAAGAUUUUCCGCUUUGUAGCCCCUCUCUACUACAUAAACAAAGAAUGCUUUAAAUCUGCUUUAUACAAACAGACUGUCAACCCAGUCUUAAUAAAGGCAGCUUGGAAGAAGGCAGCAAAGAGAAAGGUCAAAGAGGAAGUUGUGACUCUCGGUGGAAUCCAGGAUGAAGUGUCAGUGCAACUUUCCCAUGAUUCCUUGGAGCUGAAUACUAUAGUGAUUGACUGCAGUGCAAUUCAAUUUUUAGAUACAGCAGGGAUCCACACACUGAAAGAAGUUCGCAGAGAUUAUGAAGCCAUUGGAAUCCAGGUUCUGCUGGCUCAAUGUAAUCCCUCUGUGAGGGAUUCCCUAACCAAAGGAGAAUAUUGCCAAAAGGAAGAAGAAAACCUUCUCUUCUAUAGUGUGUAUGAAGCCAUGGCUUUUGCAGAAGCAUCUAAAAAUCAGAAAGGAAUAUGUGUUCCCAACGGUCUGAGUCUUAGUAGUGAUUAAUUGGGAAAGUAGAAGAAUGCCUAGCCAAUAGGUUAAAAUUUCAAGUGUCCAACAUUUCCCAUUUCCACAGUGGAAAGUUUUGCCCACUUGAAAUUUUAACCAAGAAGCUAGAUAUUAUUCCUCCUUUGAAGCUAAUGGCGUUUGUUAUACACACUGCAGCAGAGCUUAUAGCUGGACAGAGUCAAAAAGAAGAAAAUACUGUUUCAAGCCUUCUUGCAGAUGUGAAGGACUCCUGGAAUGCAGUAGGUAUGUAUUGAAUUGAACUGUAAAGUAGCUCCAAAACUUAAUUAGUAUACUGUUUUAGAGCUCAUGAAGCGGCGAGGUUGAGAUUUGCUUUGGAAGUGCCAUAGACUUCUUUAUGUGGCUUAGUGGAGAGGGAGAGAAAGAAGGCAGGGAAAGAAUGUUGUGUCAUCCUCCUCACUCAGAAGCCAAAGAUUUCAUUGCUUGGCUUGGUGGAAGGGUCUGAAGUCUUUGAAUCCUCGUCUGCUUACAAGAACCUUCAAACUAAGCCAGGCAUCAAGAGCCAGUACCAAUAGAUCAAGAGGCUUCGGGGUCACAAGGUCAUACUAGCUAGGUUUGUUCUUAUAGUUCUCUAUCCCCAGUCUUUGCUCCCCAGAUGGCAGUAGUUUUCAGUAGGAAAGUGCCAUUCCUCUCCGUAAGGCACAGUCUCAUCAGGGGUUUAACACCUGGGCAGAUUAGUAGCAUCCUGAGACCCAGCCUGAUAUUAGACAGAAUACCCUUUAUAAUACAUUUGACAUUUUUAGUCAUGCCUUUUUGUUUAGGGUAAAUAGGUAAGCACAAAGAACUCUUCAAAAUCAGAAAAAAAACAAUAGGAGUCCUUCCUGGUCUUUUCUGUGAUCUCUCCUUGUUUCUGAGACUUUCUCUACCAUUAAGCUCUAUUUUAGCUUUCAGUUAUUCUAGUUUGUUUCCCAUGGAAUAUGUCCUAAACUGGUAUUUUUGUCAGUGACAAUCUUGCCAGUCAGCAAUUUCUAACAGCAUUUUAAAUGAGUUUGAUGUACAAUAAAUAUUGAUGACAAUGAUGGUUUUUAACUCUUGGAGUCACCUAAAACUAUUAUGCAGGAGGAUAUAGAAGGAUCACAUUCACAAAACCCAAGUGCUAUGGAUAUGUUAUUCAUGAUAGCUGGUCACAGGUUAUAAAUUGAGGAAUAAUUUCCUUUCAAAAAGCAAGAAUGUCCAACAUUGAAAGUUUAUAGUUUUAUAUUUGGACCUUGACAGGUAAGAAAAAAACCAGGUUCUCCACAGUUAGGAAUAGGAAACAAAUUUAUGAAACAGCCAUUUAAAAAAAAAAAAAAAAAAAGCAAACUGUUGAAGUACAAAAUUGUUUUUCAAUGUGUUCCUGCAUUCUAAACAAUUUUAAGUAUUUAUGAGAAGCAAACCCUAUGUGUGGGGCAUCUGUUGGAGUGGGAUGCUUUUAGACAUUAAAUAUGUACAUGUUUAAUAUGUAUAUAGCCUUUUUGUUAGCUCCAUAAGCUGCCAGUGUUGCUUUUCUGUUGGUAGAGCUCUCCCAUUUGUUGACAUGGAAAAUACCUUUCCAUUAGCACAACAAAAUAGUUUCUCAGUAGAAAGUCUGGAUUUCUGUUUUGUAGGUGAUUCACAUUAUGAUUAAAUGUAGCUUUCCUGAAUUUUGACAUCCUUUUAGAACUUGAGUCUGGAAUUCCAGAAAUGUCAAUUGCUGCAUGUAUUUGUGCUUGUUUGUUUUUAGCCAGCAUUUGCCCUUUCUAUCCAGCCUUUUGAAUAACAGUAGUAAAAUCACAGUAUCUUGGUCAGUCUUUAUUUUUUUCCUGUUUGCUUUUUUAAGAGAGUGUCAUUCAGGCCAGAGUGCAGUGUGAUCGUAGCUUACUGAAGCUUCCAACUCCUGGGUUCAAGUGAUCUUCUCACUUUGGCCUCCUGAGUAGCUAGACCAUAGGCAUGCAUCACCACAUCCUGCUACUUUUUAAAUUUUUUUUCUAGAGAUGAAAUUGUUUUUCUAGGGUCUCACUGUGUUGCUCAGGCUGGUCUCCAACUCCAGGCUCAAGCAAUCCUUCAGCCUCAGCCUUCCGGAGUGUUGGGAUUACAGGCGUGAGCCACUGCACUUGGUCAUUUGUUUUUAAUCUCUCUUGCCCUUCUCCCAAGGCAGGCUUAAAUUGAUAUAGGUGUCUAAUACUCUGUAACAGAGUAGUGAGUACAUGCUUAAGACGUUAUAAUUAACCAACACCAACACAGCAAAAAAUAUCAUUUCAGCCAAAGACUAGAAAAUCCCUUAGAAGGAUGGAUAACAGGAUUUGACCUUUACCUUUGAUUUCUGUCCAUAUGUGGAUAUAAACAGUUCUGGGACAUUAUGCAUAAAGUUAGCAAAUUCUUGAAUUAUGUCUGGUUUGUACUUGUCCCACCCACCCAAACAAAACAAGAGCUUCUGCUUUUGGUAGCCAUUUGUAAAAACAUGUAAGAUUUCACUAGAAUUUACAUUUCAUCCUCUCUACUUGGGUUGAGAUGUUUUGAUUGCUGAUAUUCAGAGGAAUCAAACCUGGAACCAAAGCCUAACUUGCCAAUAAAAAAAGUUUUCAUUUGCUCUCUUGACCAAAGGCUUGAAUUUCAGUUCAUUAGGCAUUAUAUUUUAAACACUAUAUUGAUACAAAAGUAUCUUGCUUACUCUAAACUGUAGAGUCUAAAUGAAGCAUUUUCUCAGUACUUACUGACAUAUACAAAAUUCUGAAUAUCAUACAGUAGUUAUCAUUUAAUUGAAAUGUAGUGUGGUGUACUCUUGAUGGUUAGAACUCUUACAAAUUAUUUAUUUUUAAAUUUGUUACAGCCAGAGGGUUGGAGUGUGCUGGUGCACAGGUGGACUGAGGAAAACAUUGUAGAGGAGUGAAGAGACUAGACCAUUGAAAAGGCUAUUAUCUGUCCAGUGGAGGCAGAAGAGAGGGACCCACUUGAAUAGGAUCCAGUCCCUGGUUAGCCCCCACACAAUAAUAGGGAGACCAGGAUUAGGAGCCAUACCUCUGAGAACAAGGUCUCUUUCUAGAGCAAGUUUCUUUCUAGAAGGGGAGAGUCACAGAGUCACAGAUUCACCAAAGCGGAAAGGGCUGCAGAGCUCAUGGUAGCCUGGGUUAACCUACUCUGAAGCAUGGCGUCUUCCUUUUAAACUGAAUGACUAUAGUACUCUCUGUGCCUCUGAUGGUAAUAAAACUGACAGAUGUCUAAUUUUUUUUUAAGUAGGACCAAAGGAAGAGAAGAUUUAGAUAGUCUGACUUUGCUUUUGAACAGCAGCAGGCAUUGCAAGUCAAAAUUUGUUGUCAAAUUACAUAUGGUAAAUGAUGAACUUUAAAAAUGUGUCCAGGUGUUAGAUGAGUUCAUUCGGCUAUUUUAAUGCUAAUGGCUAUGAUGUUUUAACAACAGCAAUUCUCUGCAGUGUAUUUCCUUAGUAAUUAGGGUUAGCCCUGAUCUGAAUAUAAAAGUGAGAAAAGGGCUACAGUGCAUUUCUUGGGAACUUACAUUGAGUUUUGAAGUUAUAAUCCAUUCGAGUUCUGUGAUCCUUAUUGUUCUUAAUGAAUUGUAUUCCUCUAUGUUUUCUUAACAGAUGAGCCAUAGGUUUCUUUGUAUCAAUGUAGAUAUUACUUCAAAUACCUCUGAGGACCUACCCUAGUCUAGGACCCAAUGCUGGGACUAUGGUACUACAUCCAGUAGAUAAGCUGUGUAGUUAACACUCCAGGGAACACAGUAGGGUACUUAGGGAGGUGCUUUGUGGGACAUGUUGAAGCUUUGAGAGCUGAGCAGGAGGAAGUGAUGUCCCUGGACUAUUCAGGGAAAGAUUACACUGUGAAAUGGUAAACAUCCAGUUGACAGGAUUUACAUUUUGCUUAGUGUUUCUGCUUUUUAAUAUUUCUCUCCCCCACCUCAAUAUUUUCUUUAUCCAUUCUAGUGAUGCCGUAUUUAAAAUUGGGCUUAAACUGCAAAAACAAUGAAGUUGGAUUUAGAAAGCUGUUAGAUCAUUGAGUGGUGUUGAGGGUGAAACUUCACUAGUGAAGCUUCCUUGAGCCUAAAAUAAUAAUAAUAAUAAAAAAAGAAAGCUGUUAGGCUCCUAAUUUGUGAGGGUUUUUUUUUUUUUUUUUUUUUUGCAUAAACAGUUUAGAUAAUCCUGAAUGCAAUCAUUAACUUGGGUGCUAAUUAUAAGAAUGAAAAUUAUAAUGGAAAAGGACAAAAUAAUAUACCAGCUGGUUUGUUGUUAUAGUCAAUGUAUUAAAAUACUAUUGAAAUAUGUUAAAGGUAAAUGUUUAAGGUUUAAAAAAAUUUAGUAACUUACAGGGAUGGAGAAUUUAGAUGUGGAGGUGGGGAGAUUUUUAUACAGUAAUUUUUAUCCUGAGAAGAACUUAAAAAAAAGUUUUGCAACUGAAAUUUUAAAGUAAACAUGUUAAAUAUAUUUAGAAAGUAAAUAAGUAUUAUAGUAAAUAGUAGAUUCUCUGGUGUGUACUUUUUAUCUUAGUGUUGUAAAAUAGGAAAAUAAUGGACUGGGGUCUAGAAACUGGAAUAAUGAAGGACACUGAAUGCCUUUACUGUAGAUACCAUGUUUGUAAGUCUAUAGAUAGGCAGCUUAAGCCAAAACGGUCUUUUAACUGAAGCUUUAAUAAACUUAUUUUGGAGACAUUCUCUUCCCUUAUCCCAUGCACCAUCCCUAAAAUAAUAAGACACAUGGAAUCAAAUAGCCCUUGCCUUUUCAACACAAAUUAGUUGGAAAAUUGUGGUUUGAGUCCUGUUACUGCCAUGACUUCUACUUCCUAGAAAUGAGUAUGUAUGAACGAACCAAUCUAUGUAAUAAGCUACCUUAUUUUGUCUUCUUUGCAACUUCGUAUACAAACCAAGACAGUAUCAGGGUGACAGGUGAAUGAACUUAAAUUCUCAGUCUUGUCUAUUCACCAAAAAAAGUAUACUGCCUUUUGUUUUCUGUAAUUAUUCAAGGUUGAAGACUUUUAGGAACAUGUUUUAUACUGUAUCUUUUAGUUAAAGCAAGUGCCUUGAUGUAAUUUCAUGUAAAUCAUUGCUUAACCCUCUUGUGGGAUGAGGAUGAGUUAUUAAUGUAUUGCAGCCUACUGGAAGGGAGGGGGAGUUGGCUAAUAGCAGAUACUUUUCUUCUAGAAGGUUAUGUUUUAUGCUGUUUAUUAUGUAAAAUCCUCUAUGUGUGUUGAGAUUUAGAGGUUUCAUUUCUUUUGUCUGCUAAUAAAUUGUUACUCUAAUACUA